GAGGUUUGUUUCAUUUCAAUCACACGUGGGCUUCAAUUUUUGAUCGCGUUAUUCUGUCAGGAACGUUACGCUGCGUUUGUUCCGAAUUCUGAAUGGAGCGGAACAAUGAUACUUCAUUUAUAAGUACACCGGGCUUUUGCUCCGAUUGUGGGUCAAUUUUGCCGCUCUUGGGUAACUCAGGAGACGUUAAAUGUUACGCUUGCAAACGAACUUGGGGUCCCGAAGCUUUCGGGGACAUGGCUAUGUCAUACACCAUUAAUUUUAACGACAAAAAUGUUUACGGGUCUUCGAAACAACAGGACGAUAACAAAGACGACGCAGAAGGUCCGAUAGUGGAACGAAAAUGUCCACAGUGUCAAAAUGAUAAAAUGUCAUACGCUACCUUGCAGUUGAGAUCUGCUGAUGAAGGACAGACUGUGUUUUAUACAUGCACAAAGUGCAAAUACAAAGAGACAGAGAACUCUUAACAUAAAUUUACAUCAUACAUUCGAAUAUAUAAGGGUACUAACAAUGUUGUUCAAUUGAUCGUUCCAGGACAAUUAUUGAAACAUGAACACUCUCUGUUAAUAAAACAUAGAGCUUUAUUCAUGAUACACUCAACAAAUAUCAAUGAAGGGACAAUUAAUAAUUUCAUAAUACCGCUGGAUUAUCAUUAUAUUUUUGUUCUAGUUACUUGUUGGGUACUUUUAAUUAUGUAUUCUUAAUUGUAUAUACUCGAUUAAAUAUUUUGUACAAUAUGUUGGAAUGAAAGUUAACAAUUA